GGCGUUGCUAGGCCGGUGUUGCGCUCCCUCUCCCCGGGUUGUAUCUCACCUAAGCUAGCGUUAGCUGAGCUGCUACACCGACCGCUUGUUUCUGACGUUAAUUUUACGUGUAAUAACUGUUUUGUGAGAAGAGGCUGACUAACAAACUGCUCUCAGUGGCUGUCAUUCAUCGCUGCUUCGCUUCUUUAGAUGCCGCCGUCUUUUCCAGUGAAGCCUUUCUGAAGCUGCGAAGAGGACACGAGGUGCCAAGAGGUGAGGACGGGCAGAGCUUCCCAACAUGUCCAAGACCAAGAGCUCCGAGUCCGUCAAGGUGGUGGUCCGCUGUCGUCCCAUGAAUGACAAAGAGAAGGCCUCUAAAUUUGAACAAAUGGUUUCCGUUGAUGUCAAACUGGGCCAGAUUAUGGUCAGGAACCCGCGGGAAGCCAGUGAACUCCCCAAAGUCUUUACUUUUGAUUCAGUUUACGACUGUAACUCGAAACAAAUAGAUCUGUAUGACGAAACCUUCCGGCCUCUGGUCGAUUCUGUUCUCCUUGGCUUCAAUGGGACCAUUUUUGCUUACGGCCAAACGGGGACGGGAAAGACGUACACAAUGGAGGGAGUGAGAAAUGAUCCGGAGAGGAGAGGGGUGAUCCCCAACUCCUUUGAGCACAUAUUCACGCACAUUUCACGCUCCCAGAACCAGCAGUACCUCGUGAGAGCGUCAUAUCUGGAAAUUUACCAAGAGGAGAUCCGGGACCUGCUCUCCAAAGACCAAUCCCACCGCCUGGAGCUCCGGGAGCGGCCCGACACGGGUGUGUACGUGAAGGACCUUUCGUCGUUUGUCACCAAGAGCGCGCGGGAGAUCGAACACGUGAUGAACGUGGGCAACCAGAACCGUUCGGUUGGUUCCACGAACAUGAACGAGCACAGCUCGCGCUCUCAUGCGAUCUUUGUCAUCACAGUGGAGUGCAGCGAGUUGGGCGUGGAUGGAGAGAACCACAUCAGGGUGGGUAAGCUGAACCUGGUGGAUUUGGCUGGAAGCGAAAGGCAGACAAAGACCGGCGCUCAAGGCGAGAGACUGAAAGAAGCCACUAAGAUAAACCUUUCGCUUUCCGCCCUGGGAAACGUCAUAUCGGCUCUGGUGGACGGCAGGAGCAGCCACAUCCCCUACCGAGAUUCCAAACUCACUCGCCUGCUGCAGGACUCCCUGGGGGGAAACGCCCGCACUGUGAUGGUCGCCAACAUCGGCCCGGCGUCCUACAACGUCGAAGAGACCCUGACCACGCUGCGCUACGCCAACCGGGCCAAGAACAUCAAGAAUAAGCCGCACGUCAACGAGGACCCCAAAGACGCCCUGCUCAGGGAGUUCCAGGAGGAGAUCGCCCGGCUGAAGGAGCAGCUGGAGAAACGCGUGGGGAAGAAGAAAAAGAGGAGGCAGAGGAGGAGGGGAGGGGAAGGAAGCGACGGAGAAGACCUGGAGGACGGAGAGACGGAGGACGACGACGAAGGAGAAGGAGGCGGCGACUACUGGAGGGAGCAGCAGGAGAAGCUGGAGCGGGAGAAGAAGGCCGUCCUGGAGGACCACAGUCUGGUGGCCGAGGAGAAGGAUCGGCUGCUCAGGGAAAAGGAGAGGAAAAUGGAAGACUUGAAGAAAGAAAGAGAAGUCGGUGAAAUGCUUGCAGCUAAAGUUAAGGCGAUGGAGAGCAAGCUUCUUGUAGGUGGGAAAAAUAUUGUUGAUCACACCAAUGAGCAGCAGAGGAUGCUGGAGCUGAGGAGGCAGGAGAUUGCUGAACAGAAACGGAGAGAGAGAGAGAUGCAGCAGCAGAUGGAGAGUCGUGAUGAAGAGACUCUGGAGCUGAAGGAGACCUACAGCUCUCUGCAGCAGGAGGUCGACAUCAAGACCAAGAAGCUGAAAAAGCUGUUUUCCAAGCUGCAGGCGGUGAAGGCAGAAAUUCAGGACAUCCAGGAGGAGCACAUCAAGGAGCGGCAGGAACACGAACAGACCCAGAACGAGCUUACCAGAGAACUCAAACUCAAACAUCUGAUCAUUGAAAACUUCAUUCCUCUGGAGGACAAGAACAAAAUCCUCAACAGGGCUUUCUUCGACGAUGAGGAAGAGUGCUGGAAGAUGAAGGCCAUCACUCGCAUUGAGGACGACCAUCAGAUGAUGUCCCGGCCCCCGUCUGCCGUGGGCUACAGGAGGCCCCUCAGUCACCAUGCUCACAUCGCCAUGAGGACGAAGCCUGACAUGAGAUACAAAGCUGAAAACAUCCUGCUGCUGGACAUGGACCUGCCUUCUCGGACCACUAAGGAGUACCAAGAGCCAGUCAUCGCUCCAAAGGUGGCAGCAGCCCUAGAGGACGCUCUUAGAGACGAGGAUGAGAUCCAAGUAGAUGCUUCAGGCUUCCACAGCAGCUCGGGACCGACCCUGCCUGCCAGUGCCAGCAGCAGCCUUAAGAAACCAAAGUCUGGUCGACCCAGAACAAGCAAGAAGUCGAGCACGCCGACCUCUCCGUUCAGCCCUUGCAGUCUAGCAUCCCCUCUCUACCCACAAUCCCGCGGCCUGGUGCCCAAGUGACGCCUUCUUCCAUUGCCGUCACCAACCUCUUUGUGCACCUUCCCACUUUAAGACUCUUAGAGGAUUGGGUUUGUUUGGUCAGGAGCCAAAGGAACCUUUAAGACUACUGCUGCUCUAGUUUCAGCUGUCACCACAUCACUGCUAACAGCUGCCAUGCAUGAAGCCCCAAAUCACACUCCACUGAGACUGCCUCUGCCACCUGACUCUUUGUCUUAAACAUCACUAAGUUCUUAAUAUGAAGAUUGCCUGCAGGGUCCAGUUCACGUCUUUACAUUAAUUUGUCACAUCGUGGUAAAUUUCAUGCGUUUGAUUUUUAUUUGUUUGAUUGUAUCUGACGGUCAGAGAGUAGAAGACACGACCGUUGCUGUAAUCAAUAAAUGUUGUUCUUCCUGGGGCCCGGCAGAAGGAGGCAGGAAAGGAUAGAAGCAUCCCAGCGGGUGGGUAACCCACCACUAAAAACACAUCAGGGUUCCAAGGUGCCUUAAACCUGCAAUCCUCAACGUCCUCAUUUAAAUCCUGCAGGCAUGUCGUCUCCUUCAUUUAUUCAUUCAUUUACUACAUCAUGCACUGUUUGGAUGGAGGUGUUUAGAAUCCAGCCUUUUCUUUGGGUUGCUUGGUAGACGAAGAGCAACACGGUCAUGGUUAAUAAAAGUUCACCCUUUUUCAAAUGGAAAGUCUCGUGUCACAGAACAUGAUUAGGAAAUUAGUUCCAAAAAGCUCUUAAAAUGAAGUAAAUAGACCAAUAGGUCUUUCAAGAUUAUACCUUCAGGUAAAUCACAUUAAGGUCUGGACUUUGAUGCUCAUGAACCCCUUUUGUUGCAGGAUCUGCACUCAUUAUUUACGCCUUUCACACUAAAAGUGUUCUCCUGAUCCACUUUGGUUGCUAGUCACAACUCUGUAACUCAUAGCUACAAUCCUGUAACCACCCCUGGUCACAACCCUGUAACCCAUAGCAACAACCCUGUAACCCCUGGUCACAACCCUGUAACCCCUAGCUACAACCCUGUAACCUCUGGUCAUGACACUGUAAUCCCUAGCUACAAUCCUGUAACCCCAUAGCUACAACCCUGUAACCCAUAGCUACAAUCCUGUAACCCCAUAGCUACAACCCUGUAACCCCAUAGCUACAACCCUGUAACCCAUAGCUACAACCCUGUAACCUCUGGUCAUGACACUGUAAUCCCUAGCUACAAUCCUGUAACCCCAUAGCUACAACCCUGUAACCCAUAGCUACAAUCCUGUAACCCCAUAGCUACAACCCUGUUCAGUUAUUUGUUUAACUGCUAGGUAGACUGGCAUGUAUGAAGUGAAAGGAACAAAGUAAACUAAGGGUUUGUGUCUGAACUAAUGCAAAAUUAUUAUUAUUUUUUUCAUUAUUGCUGUAGUUUUUGGGGGUCAUUGUCCUGUUUGAGUCGUGGUUGGUGUAAUGAGGAGUUCAUGGUGUUCUUAUCAGUCUCCCCUGCCAUGUUUGAUGAUUGUUACAACUCUCACCCCCCCUCAUCUAACAGAGACAGGUUCACAUUUUCAGAGCUUCCAUGUAUAUAAACAGCUUGAAAGGGGGUGAACUUUAACCUUUCCAUGACCAGGUAUUCCCCCCGUGAGUUCUUUAUACCUGGUCUAUCUGUCUUGAAUGAGAUCCCAGCAACUUCACUCCCCCUGCCACCACAGCUGGACUUAAUGUAGACUUGCCACAAAAAUCGGUCGAAACACUUGAACUUGCAGGAUGCUCGAUCUUUCUGCCUCUAUGCUACUUUGUUACUGUGAUGCGUGCGCUGUUUACUUGCUGCUACUGUGGAGGGGUCUCCAACCCACUGUGACGUUUAAACCAGCCUGGGUCAACUUGCAAACUGCAUCCCCUCACAUAGAUGUUUUCCUCCUGAUGGUUUCUCCCAGUAGCUGGAACCUUUCUUGCUGUUUGACCCAUCCCUGCUAUUCAUUUAGAUAUUUAACAUUAUAGACUUGUUGCUAGGCAAUCUUUAGUCACUUUUGAACAUGUAAAGGAGAAAAGAAAUAUAGGUUACCAUAUUAAAAGAAAAAAGUACUUAUAACUUAUUGAAAUUUUUCCUUUUUUUAUAUGCAGAUGUAGAUUUAAUUUUUAUAUGCUUUUUUUCCCCUGUGAAAUACUUUUAUUUUUUUGAGCUCUGUAAUUUAAGGUUAAAAGAUUUAUUUUUAGCGUCUUACAUGCAGUAUGUGUAUUUUCUAUUCACCGUGGCUUUUUUUUGUGUGUGUGUGUGUGUGUGUGUGUGUCGGUGUGUGUGUGUGUGUGCUUGAUCGGAGCGUUUUCCCACACGGUUGAGAUUAAAGUGUGUAAGUGCAGAAAAAUGCUGGAUUCAUGUCACAGCCGAGUAUUUACUGCUUACAGCUGUUGCGUCGAUUUACCAAAUGCAUAUCCUGUUUGGAUCGGAACCGAUCGAUGUAACUAACAUUGCAGCUCCGUAGACGUGUUGCAUGAUCUUAGCAUGCUUGAGUAACACAUUUGGCUUUGCUAUUAUUUAUCAAUCGCAGGAACCUGGCAAGCCCAGUGUUGUUGUCUUUAUUUAUUGUUCAGUUAUUUGUUUAACUGAACAAGCCGCAGCACUGGAUCAGAAACUUUACACGUGUGUGACCAACUUUUAUGUGCUGUUAUUAUUUUCAAGCCAAAUGUAUUUUUUUUUUCUUGUUCAGUAUCUUUACAUUAUUAAAGAAAAUUUAGUG